GAAAGAGAAAGACCCCCAGGAACGGCCCUUUUCCCAAAGCACAGUGGCAGGACAGUAUUUCUCUCCGAAGCCUGCCUUCCUCAACUUGCCUCAUAUUCAGCGGUGGCGCAGCUGUGGACGUCCGCGUGCUGCAGGCUGGGUGGCCUCGCUACUCCUUUCGAUUCCAGUGCAGCCUCAGGAACCUGGCCUGCGACAUUGAGAGCGCAGCCGUCCACCGGGAAAGCGAGUCCGAGCGUUCCGUGAGGACUCCACCGCUGCGGCACUGCAGCCGAAGCACCUGAGGCGCCAGCGGGGAAGUGCGGGUCCCACAGCAGCAGGACGUCUACAGGACAUCCUACAUCGGGGCAAUGCGGGUCUCACAGCGGCAGACCGUCUACAGGACGUCCUACUUCGAGGAAUUGCGAGUCCCACAGCCACAGGAUGUGCUACAGCGGCUGCGGCCCGCGCCUGUGGGCGGGGCGAAGCAGAGUGAGCUCCUAAUGCAAUUGGCCGAGGGGCGUGGCCUGCCAGCCACUACCGGCCUUCAUUGGCUGCUGGGACGGAGGCCCCGCCCCGCAGCUGUCUAAACUCUCGGGGGUCGGAGCGCGGCGUGCAGAGACCUCGCAGGCGGGUCGCAGCAUGAGUCGCCACUUGGAUCUGGUGCGGAGCUUCCUGGAGCAGCUGGAGGCCCGGGACCGCCGGGAGGGAGCAAUCCUUGCCCGCGAGUUCAGCGAUAUUAAGGCCCGCUCACUGGCCUGGAAGACUGGAGGUGUGUGCUCCACUAAGGUCGGCAGUCGGCUUGGGAACGCCAAGAAGAACCGCUACAAAGACGUGGUGCCAUAUGAUGAGACGCGCGUUAUCCUUUCCCUGCUCCAGGAGGAGGGACACGGAGAUUACAUCAAUGCCAACUUCAUCCGGGGCACAGAUGGAAGCCAGGCCUACAUCGCGACACAAGGACCCCUGCCUCACACUCUGUUGGACUUCUGGCGCCUGGUUUGGGAGUUUGGGGUCAAGGUGAUCCUGAUGGCCUGUCAAGAGACAGAGAAUGGACGGGUAUGUGUCCUCAGCCUCGCAUUUCUCCUUCUCGUCCCUAGGACCCUGAGCCCAGUCCUUGGCUGACUCCAUUGUUGCUCUGCAAAAGCCACUAGUCUCUAGUUUUCCUUGAUCUUUUCAUUUGGAUCCUGGGGUUGUCCCCUCAGUGCCGGCAGCCCGGGCUUUCCGCCAGCCCACGACGUGGCCAAGGACUUGCCCUGUACAGUUUCCGCUCUGGUCUUUCUGUAUCCCUCGCUGUUUUUCACACUCCCCUCGACCUAUGCUGGUCUUGGCCAUUCCUCAGAUGAGCCAGAGAGGGCCUGUGCCAUGGCCAUCCUCUGCCUUAGACUUUCCAAUUGCUCAUUCUGUUACCUGGACCUUCACAUGGCUUCCUACUCCCCAGCACGCCCACCUGUGACUCCUGCCUGUGUUUUUCCGUUUCUCAUCUCCCUCAACAGUUCUUACCCACCUCAGCACACCGGGUAAUUCUAAAUGGGAACUACACAUCACAAUCGUGUGAUUGUACUCCACAAGCUAUUGUUUCUGCCUUUGAAUGCCUUUUUACUGGAAUGCACUUCACCUGUUCAGCCAGGCUUAGCCGCUCCCUCCUGUACUUCUGGGACCUGGGAGGCCAAAGUGAGAGGAUGAAAACUUUGAGGUCAGCCUGGGCAACUUAGGGACCACCAACAUUCUCAUCACCCCAUUAGCAGUCACACCUCAUGUUUAGAGUCACAGACAACCCCUGGUCUGCUUUUGGUGACUGCAGAUUUGCCUACUCUGUGUGUUUUAUGGAAAAUGGAACUGUGCAGCUGUGUCUUUUGUGACUGGCUUUGUCUCUCUGUGUUUUUGGUUCUUGCAUGUGGUAACCUCUUCAUAGCUCACUCCUUUUUGUUGCUGAAUAGUACCCCACUGGAUGUUUCUACAUUUCAUUCCUCUAAGCAGUUUGUAGAUGCUGGGUUGAUUCCAUAUUUCGGUUUCAGUGAAUCACACUGCUUUGAGCAUUCAUAUGCAAGCCUUUGAGUGGACAUGAACUUUCGUUUCUCGAGUAUAUAUCUGGGUGGAAUUGCUGGGUCAUGGAGGAACUCUAUUUUUAACUCUAUUUUAAGGAAGUGACAAACUGUUUUCCAUAGUAGCUGCAUCAGGUUACAUUUCUACCCAUAUGCAGGACAACUCCAGUUUUGUUACAUCCUCACCAAUACUUGUUGUUCUCUUUUUUUAAAACAUUGCACUUCUUGUGUGUGGGGGCAUGUGCACGUGCCUACUGAGCAGUGGGGGUGGGGGUUAGAGACAGCUCUGGGGCCUGGUUCUCUUUCCACCAUGUGGGUUCCUGGGAUUGAACCCAGGUCAUCAGUCUGGCGAUGACAAGUGCCCAGGCCUGAUGAGCCAUCCUGCCUGUCCCCUGCUUCUCUGUAUGUGUGUAACCAUUGUUGGGAAUAUGAAGGAGUCUUUAUUAAGACGUAUAAAAAUAUAUGUAAACAUAAAAAUUGCCGUUUAAAGGACUGAAAAGAUGUUUGGAGGUUAAGAGCACUUGUUGCUCUUAUAGAGGACCUGAACUCUGCUUACAACUGCCUGUAUCUCUAGCCCCGGAGCGAUCUGAUGCUCUCUUCUGGCCUCCUUGGACAC